AUGGUGAUCUCUUAUUUUAAGGAGCAGUGUAACUUCAAGGUCGAUUAUGCGCCCGCCAAGGUUAAAAAAUGGAGAUCUUCAAGAACGGGACUUCAAGUUACCUUGAUUGACCAAGCUUCACCUGUUGUGAACGGUUAUUUUGCUGUUGCUACCGAGAUAUUAAAUGACAGUGGAUGUCCACAUACUCUUGAGCACUUAAUUUUUAUGGGUUCAAAGAAGUACCCAUACAAGGGGUUGUUGGAUAUAUUAGGUAAUUUGGCUUUUAGUUCCACAAAUGCAUGGACCGCCACGGAUCAGACUGUUUAUACUUUAUCAACUGCAGGUUGGGAAGGCUUUAAAAUGCUUUUACCUGUUUAUCUGGAUCAUCUUUUCAAUCCUUCAAUCACCGAUGAGGCUUGUUAUACAGAAGUUUAUCAUGUUGAUGGCGAAGGAAAGGAAAAGGGUGUUGUUUAUUCGGAAAUGCAAGGUAUUGAGAAUCAAUCCUGGUUUAUUCAAAACUUAGAGUCACAGAGGACUUUAUAUAAGAAUUCCGGCUACAAGUCUGAAACGGGUGGCUUAACCAAAAAUUUACGUACCCUAGAUGCUGAAACUAUCAGAAAAUAUCAUGCUGAUAAUUACAGACCCGAUAAUCUCUGUAUUAUUAUAUCGGGAUCUGUUAAUGAAGAUGAAUUGAUGAAAUUAAUGACAGACUUUGAUUCGGAGCUUGAUAGUCUUCCUGAAACACCUAACAAAAGACCAUUUGUUGAUACUCCAAUUGAUUUACCGUUGAGUGAAACAAUUACUAAGAACGUUCUGUUUCCAGAUAAGGAUGAAUCCUCUGGAAAUAUCAUGAUGUCAUGGAUUGGACCAGACUCAAGGAAUACUGUCUUGGACCAGGCAAUCGACAUUUUGGGUAAGUAUUUAACUUCCUCGUCUGUUUCCUUAUUUAGCCAAAAUUUCAUCGAAGUCGACGAUCCCUGGGCGACGGACACAGGAUUUUACACAGAGAGUUACAUUUUAUCUGGAAUGGUAUUGAGUUUUGACAAUGUUCCUACUGAAAAGUUGUCGACUUUCCCACAGAAGGUCCUGGAUCUUAUGAGAGAACAUUGUGAUGUCUCUAAAUUUGAUAUCAUCCGUUUGAGAGAUUUGGUUGAGCAAACGAUGUGGAAAUAUGUGCACAAAUCCGAAAAGAGUCCUGAAACUCUUGCGUAUAUUGCCAUUUAUGAGUUUGAAUAUGGCAAGGAUAGCGGUAAAGAUCUUGAAAAUUAUUCCAAGACAUUAGAUGAAUUCAAAGAGCUUUUAGAGUGGGACGUUGCAAAGUGGGUCGAUGUUUUUAGAAAAUACUACGUCGAUAACCAUUGUGCCAUUAUAAUAGCAACCCCUUCAAAAGAACUCUAUAAUAAAAAUAAAAUAGACAAUGAGAAAUUGUUAAACGAGAGGAAACAGACACUUGGACUUGAAGGCUUGAAAGAAUUAGAAAAAAAAUUAGAAAAAGCACAAGAGGUCAACAAUAAAGAGAUCCCUGCCCAAAUUCUAUCGUCUUUUGGAAGACCAAACCCCUCAAGCAUCGCAUUCAAUAAAACAGAAUCAAUUACUGUAGGAUCCACUAAGGAUACCAUCAAUGGCACUUCCGAUUCUCUUAAAAAAAUCAUCCAGGAUACACCCGAUAAUUUCUCAAUCUUUGCACAUUAUGAAAACUAUGAAUCAAAUUUUGCAACUAUCCAUCUCCUAUUCUCCUCUUUUGAAAUAGAUGAAAAACAUUUGCCAUUGUUGAGAAUCUUUGAAAAUUUGACUACUUUACCUGUAGUUGAAUCCAAUGGUGAAAUAACUCCUUAUGAAGAGGUAGUGAAGCAAGUCAAGAGAGACACAAUAAGUUGCUAUUUUGGAAACUCUUUCAAUGGUAAGUUUGAAGAAUUUAUGGAUUUCUCGAUAACUGUUAAGAACGAAAACUACAGUAAAGCGAUCGAAUGGUAUAAAAAGCUACUUUUUCAAACAAAAUUCACUCAAGAACGUGUGACAGUCAUACUUAAAAAAUUAAUCAAGUCAUUACCUGAGCUUAAGAGAUCGGGUUCUUACAUGUUGAGGUACCUCUACAACAAACACUGCUACACAACAAGGUCUCUUCUGAGGUCGAGUGAGAUUAUUACAAAUGAGCAGUACCUAAAGGAUACUCUCCAGAAAAUUGAAGCAGGUAAUUUCAAAGAGAUCGAAAACCAAUUAGAUGAGAUUAGGUCUAAGUUAUUUGACAACAAAAAUAUCAAGCUGGUGGUUUUUGGUGAUGUCAACAAGAUUGAAAAUCCUGUAUCUUCGUGGGCUGGUUUUGUUGGUGAUACUUCAGCUGAUAAGAUUACAGAACUUCCAUAUCAAUAUAAAACUUUAUCGGACGUUGGUGAGAAGAAAUCCAAGAAAUGCUUCAUCAUUACCACUCCUGGCUCUGAAUCAAGUUAUUUAGAUCUUGCUACCCAUACUACUGUAUUUGAUUUCACCUCAGAUGACUCUUUCAAGAUACUGCUUGGCUCUGAAUACUUGCAAUGUGUCGAAGGCCCAUUUUGGCGUGGUAUUAGAGGUGCAGGAUUGGCUUAUGGUGCAAAUUGUUACAACAGGGCAACUAUUGGUGAGUUGGGAUUUAGUAUCUAUAGAGGUGCAGAUGUGGAAAAAUCAUAUUCGGUUGCUAAAGAUAUUGUUGAAAAUCACGCAAAUGGAAAGGUUGCAAUUGAUGAGAGUCUACUCAACGGUGCUGUCAGUAGUAUUGUGAACCGAUUAGCCGAAACUCAAUCAAAUUACUCUCAAACGGCUACAGAAGAAUUUUACAGCAAUAUUCUACUCAAGAGAGGGCCAGACUAUAAGAAGAAAUUAAUGACUGCUCUCUCACUAAUUACUAAGGAAGACUUGAUUGAUAUCUUUAAAAGGUACUUUGUGAAUAUGUUUAAUCCUGACACAAGUUUAUGCUUUAUCAGUUGCAAUCCUACUAAAUCUGAAAAUAUAGCUACCUUUUUUGGCAAUCUUGGAUAUGAAAUUGAAGUUGAACACGUUUCCGUUGAGAAUGAUGACAUUGAUGGUGAUGAGAGCACUGAUUAUGGCUCUGAAGAUGAUUCUGAAAGUGGCUCUGAGAGUGACUCUGAAGGUGAAUCAGAAGGUGAGGACGAAUGA